AUGAGUGAUGAUCCAUCAGGAGCCACAAAGAAAAUAAAAGCCAAUGCAACCCUAAAGAUGGAGAGUGGCGUGAUGACGCCUAUUUUAAACGAAAUUAUACGAAAACGUCUUCAAAAAACAAUUGACCGGGAUGAUUAUGAUAUUCUUCGUCGAGAAGACAUAUCUCCUUCUUUAGAAACCAUAGUUUAUGAAUUGAAUACAUAUAACUAUGAUAAAUUCUCGAAAUUUUCAGAACAAUUUCAACAAUUUUUAAAUUGCGAAUCAAAUUUUAAAAAUUCGUAUUCAAAACUAAUUUUACAAGAUAUAAAAAACGAAUACACCAGUAAAUUAGAAUAUUGGAAGCAAUUAUCAGAAUUAAACCUUAAAACCCCAGCAAUCGAAGCUCUUGAGAAUAUAAAACGCAUACUUGGUGCAUCUCAAGAGGAAAUCAAUGAAUACAAGGAAAAAUUCCUUGAAAUCAAAAAGCAAAUCCAAGAAAUGAGAAAUGAAAUUGAUUCAAAGCAAACUGAUGAUCAACAAAUCAACUAUAAAGUAGUUAAUUACUAG